UAAUCAUAAUAAUAAUAUUCUGCAAAAAAGAAAAAGAAAAAAAGAUUGUUUUUGUUUGCUUCCUAUAUCAUCACUGCUUUACUCCGCAGGGGAGCAGAGACUAUCUAACAGGACAAGCCAGCUGUUUGAGCAAUUGGAUGAACAACAAUAGCCUCCAAAGCUUAUUCUUUUUGUAUUUCUUCUCAUCUAUUAGAAGAGGUUGGAUGAUUUAAAAUCUUACACUGCGGAAUGACUUGUCGUAGCCUUGUUGGGAUUUUGAUCGGAAAAAAAAUUAGAAGAACCAUAUCGGUGAGGAGCGGAGGCAAACGUGAUAUCACAGACCUCUCAUUCUGAAUGGUGGUUUAUACAAGUGUGAAAGCAUCGGAAAAGGAUUAGCAUUUUUUUGCAUAAUGAAAAGCUCAGCUGAAUAGGCCACUGAAUGGCUGACUGAAUGACCAAGAUGAAAGCAAGAUGAAACUGCAAGACCCCCUUUUUAUUCUUUUAUUCUCCUGCCUAGCUCCCCCUAAACUUAUUUGUCCAAGACAUCGGAAAACAAGUAGAAGCUCAGAUUUCAGCAACUUUAUAGACGUCCUCAGCUUUCACCAUCACGUGAAGUAAACAUGUGGUAGAAAUCGGUCGAUGAAAUGGGAAACACAGGUCCCUGACAGGCUGGAUGAAAUGAGAGCCACAUGUAGCAUUUGCCAUGGAAACCUGUGACUCCCCUACUAUCUCAAGGCAAGAAAAUGGGCAGAGCACGUCAAAGCUAUAUGGAGCGACACAACUUGAUAAUGAGGUGCCUGAAAAUGUUGCAGGGAUGGAACCUGACAGGGAAAACAGCUCUUCAGAUGACAACCUAAGAACGGAUGAUCGCAAAAGUGAAAUCUUGCUUGGUUUUGGUGUGGAGAAUGCAGUUGCCAGUCAGGUUACCUCAGCUAAAGAGAUACCCUGCAACGAAUGUGCCACUGCGUUUCCCAGUUUACAGAAAUACAUGGAACACCACUGCCCUAACGCUCGCCUUCCUGUCUUGAAGGAAGACAAUGAUAGUGAUAUAAGCGAACUAGAGGACAGUGAUGUGGAGAAUUUGCUAGGGGAGAUAGUUUACCAGCCUGAUGGAUCAGCUUAUAUAAUUGAGGACUCCAAAGAUAGUGGGCAGAAUGCACAAACAGGAGCAAAUAGUAAACUCUUUUCUUCAGCUAUGUUUCUGGACUCGCUUACGACAGCUGGAGAGAAGAGUGAUCAGUCUGUUUCAGCAUCCAUGUCUUUCUACCCACAGAUCAUCAACACUUUUCAUAUCGCUUCAUCCCUCGGGAAACCAUUUAUGGCCGAACAGGCUUUCCCAAAUACCUCAGCAUUAGCAGGAGUUGGUCCUGUGUUGCACAGUUUCCGUGUCUAUGAUCUCCGACAUAAAAGAGAUAAAGACUAUCUUACCAGUGAUGGCUCAGCCAAAAACUCCUGUGUGUCCAAAGAUGUUCCAAACAAUGUGGACUUGUCUAAAUUUGAUGGUUGUGUUAGUGAUGGGAAAAGGAAACCUGUUUUAAUGUGUUUCUUGUGCAAGUUAUCAUUUGGUUAUAUUAGGUCAUUUGUAACCCAUGCUGUGCAUGAUCAUCGGAUGACCCUCAAUGAUGAGGAGCAAACGCUUCUCAACAAUAAAUUUGUGUCUGCCAUAAUACAGGGGAUUGGCAAGGACAAAGAACCUCUUAUAAGCUUUCUGGAACCAAAAAAACCAAAUUCUGUUUUCCCCCAUUUUUCUACUACAAACCUCAUAGGCCCAGAUUCAACCUUCCGUGGUUUAUGGAGUUCUUUUCAUGUUGAAAAUGGUGACUCUUUGCAGGCAGGAUUUGCUUUCUUAAAAGGAAGUGCGAGUUCUGCAGGCUCAACAGAGCAGUUACAUGGGGUCAACCAAAUGCCAAAGGCUGAAGCGAACCUAAGAGGCCUGUCUAGUCCAAAAGCAAACAUCCCAAUUACCUCUGUGUCCCACAGCCACUUAUCAUCUGACUCGAACAAGGAAGUGGACAGCAAAGACCAAGAUAACAACUGUGAAAGGCCAAGAGAAACCAGUAACUCACAUCCUAAUGGGGAGUUCCCUAUUAAAAGUGAGCCAACUGAAGGGAUAGAUGAAGAAGACUCAUAUUCAAAUGAACUCGAGGAGGAGGAAGUUUUAGGUGACCUGGCCGAUAGUAUUGGUAGCAAAGAUUUCCCUCUCUUAAACCAAAGCAUUUCUCCUUUAUCAUCCAGUGUGCUAAAAUUUAUUGAAAAAGGUACCUCUUCCUCCUCUGUGACUCUUUCUGAUGAUUUAGAAAAGAAAAAGCAAACUGCUGUAUUUAGAACUAAUAGCAAUGUUGCUGGUAGCUUUAAUAUUGGUGGCAAGGACUUUGAGGAUCCAGGCGCCAGUAAAGACUGUGCAACUUCUCUUUCACCAAAUGAAACAGUUAGAGGAGAAGAGGAUAAUUCUAAUACUCCUUACCAGCACAUCUUGAUACCUGGCAUGCAAAGCAUAAGUGAGGGCUCACCAGGAAAUGGCAUAGAGUGUCCUAAGUGUGAUACUGUCCUGGGGUCCUCAAGGUCAUUGGGUGGCCACAUGACAAUGAUGCAUUCUAGAAACUCUUGCAAAACUUUAAAAUGCCCAAAAUGCAACUGGCACUAUAAAUAUCAGCAGACUCUAGAGGCUCAUAUGAAGGAGAAACAUCCAGAGUCAACUGGCUCUUGUGCUUACUGUAAGACUGGACAGCCUCACCCUCGGCUUGCCAGGGGUGAAAGCUACACUUGUGGCUAUAAACCCUUCCGUUGCGAGGUUUGUAACUACUCUACAACUACCAAAGGCAACCUCAGUAUUCAUAUGCAGUCAGACAAGCACCUAAAUAAUGUCCAGAACCUACAGAAUGGUGGGAGUGGUGAGCAGGUCUAUGGCCAUACAUCCCCAGCACCUAACACAAGUCUCAGUGGCUGUGGGACACCAUCUCCAUCUAAACCAAAACAAAAACCCACUUGGCGUUGUGAGGUGUGCGAUUAUGAAACCAAUGUGGCAAGAAAUCUCCGGAUUCACAUGACGAGUGAGAAGCACAUGCACAACAUGAUGCUCCUGCAACAAAAUAUGAAACAGAUCCAGCACAAUCUGCACUUAGGCCUUGCACCGGCUGAGGCCGAGCUUUAUCAGUACUACCUAGCCCAAAAUAUAGGACUGACUGGGAUGAAACUGGAAAGCCCAGCCGAUCCUCAGAUGUUGAUAAACCCAUUUCAGCUUGACCCUGCCACAGCUGCAGCAUUGGCUCCAGGACUUGUAAAUAAUGAGCUGCCGCCUGAAAUCCGGAUUGCCAGUGGUCAGCUAAUGGGUGAUGACCUGUCCCUCCUCACCACAGGAGAACUGUCACCUUAUAUCAGUGACCCAGGGUUGAAGCUUUUCCAGUGUGCCGUUUGCAACAAAUUCACCUCUGACAGUCUGGAGGCCCUGAAUGUGCACGUGAGCAAUGAGCGGUCUCUCCCUGAAGAGGAAUGGAGAGCUGUAAUCGGAGACAUCUACCAGUGCAAGCUGUGUAACUACAACACUCAGCUGAAGGCCAACUUCCAGCUCCACUGCAAAACUGAUAAACAUAUGCAAAAAUAUCAACUGGUGGCUCACAUCAAAGAAGGGGGCAAGAGCAAUGAGUGGAGGCUGAAGUGCAUAGCAAUUGGCAACCCAGUGCAUCUAAAGUGCAACGCUUGUGAUUACUACACCAACAGCGUGGAUAAAUUACGCUUGCAUAACACCAAUCACAGGCACGAGGCGGCCAUUCGGCUGUACAAGUACUUGCAAAAACACGAGAGCACAGUGAAUGCUGAGUCCUGCUAUUACUACUGUGCUCUGUGCGAUUAUUCCACGAAGGUCAAGCUGAACUUGGUACAGCACGUUCGUUCCGUGAAGCACCAGCAGACAGAGGGUCUACGCAAGCUGCAGUUACACCAGCAGGGUCUGUCUCCAGAUGAGGACAGCCUAAGCGACAUCUUCUAUGUGAAAGACUGCCCACCGAAUGAUCCUGAAGAGCAAUCAGAGGAAAUAGAAAGUCCGAAAAUCACAGCAGUGGCCCCAGCCGAGGAGAAAGGCAUAAAUGAGAAAGACAGCGGUGAGGGCAAGACUGUAAAGGAUUCAGGCUCUGGGACACACACGCCUGAGAAGGAGCCUGUCCUGAAUUCUGCCACAGCAAAGCGGCAUUUGACACAAAGUAAAGAUGAGGAUGGUACAGUCAAGAGAUCAAAGUCUGUGGAAGAAAAUAGCUUUUGUGAAGAACAGUGCUAUCAGUGUCCCUACUGCAAUUACAACAGUAAGGACCCCAAUCGGAUACAGAUGCACAUCCUUUCCCAGCAUUCUGUGCAGCCUGUGAUCUCCUGCCCCCUCUGCCAAGAUGUUCUUAGUAACAAAAUGCAUCUGCAGCUGCACCUGACUCAUUUGCACAGUGUGUCUCCGGACUGCGUGGAAAAGCUACUCAUGACAAUAUCUGUGCCAGAGGUCAUGGUGCCAAACAGUAUGCUGUUGCCACCAGCGGCAUUUGAGAAGCUGGAAGCUGAGGCGCCUGCUUCUACAGCCGCUGAGCUGUCUGGAAAACCAACGGGUGACAAUCCAGCAGAGGAAAAAAACACCCCAAGUGGAGAUAAUGCAAAGGCUGGAAUUGAAAUCAAAACAGAAGAGCUACAUAUGUCCAAAGAAUCGUUAGAUAACCCAGAAUGGAGCAAAAACAGCAGCAGAGACUCAAAGCCCUGCGACUCACUGACGGAACAGCUUAGUGAACAGCAAAAAAGGCAGCAACUUUCAGUUUCUGACCGACAUGUGUAUAAAUACCGCUGUACGCAUUGCAGUUUGGCUUUCAAGACUAUGCAGAAGCUUCAGAUACAUUCCCAGUAUCAUGCUAUCCGGGCUGCUACCAUGUGCAGCCUCUGCCAACGCAGCUUCCGUACAUUCCUUGCUUUAAAAAAACAUUUGGAAACGGGCCACCCUGAACAUAGUGAGACUGAAAUUCAGCAGCUUUGUGCGUCCUUACCUGUGAAUGGGGAUCUCUGGGCUGAAACUGAAAGCAUAGCAGCAGAUGACCACUCCCUAGAGCAGGAGAGUGAGCGAGAAUACGAGAUGGACCAUGAAGGUAAAGCUAGCCCGGUUGGGAGCGAUAGUAGCUCCAUUCCAGAUGACAUGGGCUCAGAACCAAAGCGGACCUUGCCUUUCAGAAAAGGGCCAAACUUUACUAUGGAAAAAUUUUUAGAUCCAUCACGACCAUAUAAGUGUACAGUGUGUAAAGAGUCCUUCACUCAAAAGAACAUUCUUUUGGUACAUUACAAUUCAGUGUCUCAUUUGCAUAAGCUUAAAAAGGUUUUACAAGAAGCAUCAAGUCCAGUUCCGCAAGAGACCAACAGCAGCACUGAUAACAAACCAUACAAGUGCAGCAUUUGCAGUGUUGCCUACAGCCAAAGUUCUACAUUGGAAAUUCAUAUGAGAUCUGUUCUUCACCAAACUAAGGCAAGGGCUGCCAAACUAGAACCAAGUAGUAACAAUACUAGUGGGAGUAACAUAGCAGGGAACAUUAGCAGCCCAAGCCAAGGGAUGCUAGAUUCUAUGAGUUUGCCAACUGUUAACAGCAAAGAAACCCACCUAGAUGCCAAAGAAAUAAACAAAAAGCAAACUCAUGAGGUUAUUCCUCCCCAACAUCCACAUCACCCACCCCAGUCACCAGCACAGCUUCAAAUGCAACUGCAGCAUGAACUACAACAACACGCUGCAUUCUUUCAACCACAGUUUUUAAACCCAGCAUUUCUUCCUCACUUUCCAAUGACUCCUGAAGCUCUUGUUCAGUUCCAGCAGCCUCAGUUUCUUUUUCCAUUUUACAUACCUGGAACAGAGUUUAGCUUAAAUCCUGAUUUGGGACUGCCUGCCUCUGCUGCAUUUGGCAUGCCUGGUAUGGCAGGAUCACUACUCGAAGAUUUAAAGCUGCAAAUUCAAACACAGCACCAAGUUGGACAGACCCAGCUGCAACUGCUACAGCAGCAAGCACAGCAGCAGGCUCAGCAGUAUCAAGCUGCACAGUCACACCAUCAACCCCAAAGGCAGCAUCAUAGUAACAGAAUACUAAAACAGGAACAAAACAGUGCAGCCAGUAUGGAAAGUCAACUAAUAAAAGAUACUACAUGUUACAAAGAACCUGAAGAAGUGGCUGAAAAAAAAGAAAAACCAAAGCAAGAAGUCACAAAUGAGAAUGACACAACAAAAGACAGCAAAGAUUUAAAGAAGCAGAAGUCAUUAGAACCUACAAUUCCACCUCCCCGUAUUGCUUCUGGCGCUAGGGGAAAUGCAGCUAAAGCUCUGCUAGAAAACUUUGGAUUUGAGCUAAUAAUUCAGUUUAAUGAAAACAGGCAGAAAGUACAGAAGAAAAAUAAACUUGGGGAUAAUGAAAACCAUGAAAAAUUAGAAUGUGGGUCAUGUAGUAAAUUAUUUUCUAAUAUUCUAAUCCUAAAGAGUCAUCAAGAGCAUAUUCAUGGACAGUUUUUUCCAUAUGGGGAAUUAGAAAAGUUUGCCUGUCAAUACAGAGAAGCAUAUGAUAAGCUUUACCCAAUUGCACCAUCAUCUCCAGAAACUCCUCCCCCACCACCACCACCACCACCUCCUGCACCACCUGCACAAGCUCCACCUCCACUUACUCCUACUGUACCUGUAAAAAUUCCAACCGCAAAUCCAACUCCCAUGCAAGCUCCACCUCCAACUCCUCCACCUCCCCCACCACCACCACCUCCACCACCACCUCCUCCUCCCCCACCUCCACCAUCUGCUCCACCUCAAGUCCAACUUCCUGUCUCCUUGGACCUGCCUCUCUUCCCUCCAAUUAUGAUGCAGUCUGUCCAGCAUCCUGCUUUACCUCCACAACUUGCACUACAACUCUCCCCCAUGGAUGCUUUGUCAGCGGAUCUUGCACAAAUGUGCCAGCAACAGUUGGGUUUAGAUCCAAAUUUUCUGCGCCAUUCACAGUUUAAACGGCCACGUACAAGAAUAACAGAUGAUCAGCUAAAGAUAUUGCGUGCCUACUUUGACAUUAACAAUUCCCCAAAUGAGGAACAAAUACAAGAGAUGGCUGACAAAUCUGGCCUUUCUCUGAAGGUUAUUAAACACUGGUUUCGUAACACUUUAUUUAAGGAACGCCAAAGAAAUAAAGAUUCACCAUACAACUUCAGUAAUCCCCCUAUCACAGUGCUUGAAGAUGUAAGAAUUGAGCCACAACUAACUUCAUUGGAUCUACAUAGGUCAGAUUCUUUCAGCAAAAGGUCAUCGAGAACCAGGUUUACUGACUAUCAGCUUAGAGUCUUACAGGACUUCUUUGAUACUAAUGCAUAUCCAAAGGAUGAUGAGAUUGAACAACUGUCCACAGUUCUCAAUUUAGCUACCCGUGUUAUUGUUGUUUGGUUUCAGAAUGCCCGUCAGAAAGCAAGGAAGAGCUAUGAAAAUCAAGCUGAAACUAAAGAUAGUGAAAAGAGAGAACUGACUAAUGAGCGUUACAUUCGCACUAGCAACAUGCAGUAUCAGUGUAAGAAAUGCAAUGUUGUAUUCCCAAGAAUAUUUGAUUUAAUUACACAUCAGAAAAAGUUGUGUUAUAAAGAUGAAGAUGAUGAUGUCCAAGAUGAAAGUCAAACAGAAGAUUCUUUGGAUGCUACAGAUCAAAUUAUGCCAAAGACGUACUAUUCUACUAGUCAAGCAGAAACAUCAAAAGCUUCAACUGCAACCACAGUAAGCUCUGGUUCUGGUUCAAGUACUCCCUUAAUUCCAUCACCCAGACCUGAGUUUGGUAAAACUUCACCAAAACCUGACAUACAGACAGAGAAACCAAAGCAAAUAGAUGCCAUUGCUAGCUCAUUAGCCUCCAAGUUAAUACAGUCAAAUUUGACAUCAUCAUCUGAUACACAGCCUUCAGUAUCUGUAUCUCAACAAAGACAGCCUCAGCAAACUGCAAGACCUUCAUCAGCAUCACAAACCACUCCUGUUACAUCGAGUCCACUAUCAAUAUCUUUGACUUCCCUACAGAACAGCCUACCUCCUCAGUUGCUACAAUACCAAUGUGAUCAGUGUACCAUUGCUUUUCCAAGCCUGGAACUGUGGCAUGAACACCAGCACAUGCAUUUCUUAGCUGCCCAAAAUCAGUUUCUCCAUUCACAGUUUUUAGAAAGGCCUAUGGACAUGCCAUAUAUGAUUUUUGACCCUAACAACCCACUAAUGGCAGGACAGUUACUUGGUAGCUCCAUGGCUCACAUGCAACCACAAGCUGGUGCACCACAUGGAGGGCACACACCUGUGGCUGCAUCUUUAAAAAGAAAGAUGGAUGACAAAGAUGAUAAUAACUGCAGCGAGAAGGAGGGGGGCAACAGUGGUGAGGACCAACAUCGUGAUAAGCGAUUAAGAACUACCAUUACUCCUGAGCAGCUAGAAAUACUGUAUGAAAAAUAUUUGCUGGAUUCCAACCCAACACGAAAGAUGCUUGAUCAUAUUGCAAGAGAAGUGGGCCUUAAAAAAAGAGUGGUGCAAGUCUGGUUUCAGAACACUAGAGCCAGAGAAAGAAAAGGUCAAUUUCGAGCUGUAGGUCCAGCUCAGUCUCAUAAAAGGUGUCCCUUUUGCCGUGCACUGUUUAAAGCAAAGUCAGCAUUAGAAAGUCAUAUUAGGUCUCGGCACUGGAAUGAGGGAAAGCAAGCUGGUUACAGUUUGCCACCAAGUCCUCUCAAUGCAAUGGAUGAUGGUGCCGAAAGCCCACAUAAAUAUAUGUUUUUUGAUUACCCCACACUUCCAAAGAAUGACCAACUAAGUGAAAAUGAUUUGCGCUCUACGGUUUCCACACCUGUGAGUAAAACUGCUGAGCUAUCACCGAAGAAUCUUUUAAGCCCAUCGUCUUUUAGAGUAGAGUGCAAUGAGGAUAUAGAGAACUUGAAUGCUCCUCCUGCUGAAAGGUUUGAUCAAAACAAAAAUGACUUUGAUGAAACAUCAUCAAUUAACACAGCAAUUAGUGAUGCUACAACAGGAGAUGAGGGAAACAAUGACAUGGAAAGCACCACUGGUAGUUCAAAAGAUGUAAAAACUCCCAAAGAGCCAAAAAUGCAAGUCAAUGACAAUUUGUCAAACACAAGAACUACUCCCACAGUGGAUAAUUGUGAUGAUAAUUUUUUCUUCUCUUUAUCAAAUACAUCACAUAAUAACAUGGACAGAGAAAGUGAUUAUGACCAAAGUAUAUAUAUGACUGAUGAAUACGAGGACAAUGCUGACCGUAGUGAGACAUCAAGUAUAGCAGAUCCUAGCUCACCAAACUCAUUUGGUAGUAACAGCCUUUUUAAAACCAAAAAUAGUGAUCGACCAGGUCAUAAACGUUUCAGAACUCAAAUGAGUAAUGUUCAACUUAAACUUCUCAAAGCUUGCUUUUGUGAUUAUCGGACUCCCACAAUGCAAGAAUGUGAAAUCUUGGGCAAUGAAAUUGGUCUUCCCAAACGCGUUGUCCAAGUUUGGUUUCAAAAUGCACGGGCAAAAGAGAAGAAAUUCAAAAUAAACAUAGGGAAACCAUUCAUGAUUAACCAAACUGGACCAGAUGGAACAAGACUAGAGUGUUCUCUUUGUGGGGUGAAAUAUUCAGCACGUUUGUCGAUUCGAGAUCACAUAUUUUCAAAGCAACACAUUACAAAGGUGAGAGAAACAAUUGGAAGUCAACUUGAUCGUGAAAAGGAUUAUUUGGCUCCUACAACUGUGCGGCAACUAAUGGCACAGCAAGAACUGGAUCGUAUAAAGAAGGCAACAGAUGUUUUGGGUUUAACUGUUCAGCAGUCGAGUUUAAUGGAGAGUGGUCCUCUUCAUGGUCUCAAUUUGUCAGCAUCUUACCAAGGGCUACCUGGCCUUCCUCCAGUUCUCCUGUCUGGGAUGAACAGUCCAUCUCCAUUGCCUGGGUUUACACAGAGUUCAAAUGCUCUGACAUCUCCUGGUGCAGGCAUGCUUGGGUUCCCUUCCUCAGCUACUCCGUCUCCUGCCCUAUCUCUCAGCAGUGCUCCCACCAAACCUUUGCUGCAGACUCCUCCACCAUCUCAUCCUCCUCCACCACCGCCACAUUCAUCCUCAUCCUCCACUUUGUCAGGACAGCAGACAGAACAACAACACAAAGACCCGGACAAAAAUAAUAAGCGACACAAAUUCAAAAAAGUAAAAGAAGAAUUAGAGGCUACAAAAUCUGAAAAUAAACACUUUAAAAAAGAGGAAAAAAUCUCAUCUGCUCUUUCCAUGUUGGGCAAAGCUGUAGGAGAAAUGCCCAUGGACCCUGCUCAGCUGCAAGCACUUCAAAAUGCUGUUUCGGGUGAUCCAUCUUCUUUUAUAGGUGGGCAGUUCUUGCCAUAUUUUAUUCCUGGCUUUGCUUCAUACUUCACACCCCAGCUCCAUGGAACAGUGCAAGGCGGGUAUCUCCCUCCAAUGUGUGGGAUGGAGAGCCUCUUUCCAUAUGGGCCAGCAGUGCCUCAAGCUAUUGCUGGGUUAUCUCCUGGUGCACUGUUACAGCAGUACCAACAGUAUCAGCAGAGCCUCCAGGAUUCACUACAUAAACAACAAAAACAACAACACCAAGAACAAAAACCCCAACAAGUGAGCUCGCCUAAUGUAGAAGGUGAACAGCAGAUAAAAGCAAAUGAUUCAGAAAAGAAGGAAGAAAAAUGUCCUGCCACGGAAAGCACAAACGAAGAACCCCAGGCACACCCAAAAAAUGCAGACUUAUCAGACACUUUCAUUGUCCCAUUUGUCAAGCAUGAGUUUAUAUGCAGAAAGUGCCAGAUGAUGUUUACUGACGAAGAGGCAGCAGUAAACCAUCAAAAGUCCUUCUGUUACUUUGGUCAGGCUUUAUUUGACCCACAAGAAACAGUGCUCCGAGUCCCAGUCAACAAACAUCAGUGUCUUUCCUGUGAUGUGGCUAUUAGUGGAAAUGAAGCACUUAGCCAACACCUCCAGUCAAGCUUGCACAAAGAGAAAACAAUCAAACAAGCAAUGAGAAAUGCCAAAGAGCAUGUUAGAUUAUUACCUCACUCAGUCUGCUCCCCUAGUCCUAACACCACAUCUACCUCGCAGUCUGCAGCUUCUUCUAAUAACACCUAUCCUCAUCUUUCUCGCUUCUCCAUGAAGUCCUGGCCAAAUAUUCUUUUUCAAGCGUCCGCCAGGAAAGCUGCUUCUUCCCCUUCUUCCUCUCCCUCCCUCUCCUUGCCUUCAACGGUUACCUCAAGUUUGUGCAGCACCUCAGGGGUUCAAACCUCACUACCCACAGAAAGUUGUUCAGAUGAGUCUGACAGUGAGCUGAGCCAGAAGUUGGAAGACUUAGAUAACCCAUUGGAAGUCAAAGCUAAACCCGCUUCUGGCCUAGAUGGUAAUUUCAAUAGCAUCAGAGUGGAUAUGUUCAGUGUGUAGGAGUGAAGACAUGAUCCCUUGCUUAUAAAAAUAAGACUUUUAAUUGCAGUUCCAAAGCUUCUCUAACCCAAAAAAAAAUUACAGUACCAAAUGAUUGACUCAGGAUUGUUUUCCCAUAUUGAUAUGCUGGCAAUAUAGGACGGUAUGGUAUGGACAGAACUGUUGCAGAUGGUUGAAUGCGCUUGUAAUAUAUGCUUAAAGUAUGGAAAAAGGAAAAAUAAAUCCUCCAAGUUCUUUUAGGAACUUGUUUCAAGCCAAAAACUCUCCAAAAGCAAAUUGCACCUCAGCUGGAUUGAAUUCCAAAAUGCUAGCAUGUACUGUAUGGGGGGAUGAUCCAGAUUUUUCAAAGAGAAAUUCUCUUAGUUUAGGUAGGUGUGAUUCAGUAGCUUUAAAUUCUCAGGUCAGAACAUAAUAACAUUUCUCAUUUGUUUAAAGAGCAGAAAGGAGCCUGGUAAAACUGUGACUUUCCCCCUCCAAAAAUGUCACUCUUUAUUAGAACACAUUUACACAUUUUUUUAGGUGUGUUUAGUGUAUCAAUAGACUUCAUAGCCCUUGAUGAACAAAAGGCAUUUGAAAUCCCUGUGAGCUCACCUGGCAGGAUAGUACAGUUUUACCAUAGAUGGGAAUUGGAUAGGUGGAAAGAUGCCCUGUGUAUUGCAGUUUGUAUUUGCCACAAGCUAUAUUUAUAUCCAUAUCACCCUUUUUCUUGUAGAAUAUACUAAUAUUCUGUGCCAAUUCUACCUUCUUACUUUUACCUCUGAUCUCAUCCUUUUUUCUGAAAGAGGUAAUAAUUCUAGUUUUGAUAUAGACUGAGGUUUAUGUGACAUUUUUCAUUUGUGAAUUUAAUGCUUUAAUGUCAAGGUACUUGCUUGUGUCUGGACUAGUGCACUUAUAAUUUUGUAGACCAUGUGAAAUUAAUUCAAAUAUUUUGGGUUAUUUUAAUUUUUUUUUUUGCUUUCUAUUUCUUCUUUUUAUUUCGUAUUUUUUUGUUGUUUGUUUAUUUUUAUGUUUUUGUAUUGUUCAUAUUGUUGUGUGUAGUGCAGCAACAGUGUGGUCUGCAUUUGUUAGAAGUUUGCCUCCUAACAACCCAAAGACCUAUUUAACAAUU